AUGGCUUACGGCACGGUUGAGUCGACCACCGAUGGGCAAAGCCGAGACGACGAUAUUCAAACAUCUCCGAGUAUUCAGUCUCAGUCGCAAGACUUGCAUCCCACAAGCAACGAUGAAGAAAACCCGCUGCUCAGUCCGGACGAGACAGGCCAAAAACUGACCAAUAUUGCGAGUGUGAUUACAGUGCUGCUGCUCGGCGAAUUCAUCUCCAAUGCGGAUUCAACAAUCAUCAUGGCGGCUGCGGGCCGGAUAUCAUCCCAGUUUGACCGGCUGCAAGAUGCGAAUUGGCUUUCUACGGCGUAUACACUGGGAUCUUGUGCCUCGCAGCCUAUGUACGGCAAAUUCAGCGAUAUCUAUGGCCGAAAGCCUCUGUUGUUGAUGUCCUACUUUCUUCUAGGAUUAGGCUGUAUUAUCUGUGGUAUUGGCCAGGUUAUGCCGAUAGUUAUCCUAGGUCGGAUCAUCAGUGGCAUGGGCGGAGCCGGUGUAAUGGCGAUGAGUUCUAUCAUCAUCACAGAUAUUGUACCCCGGAGAGACGUCGCGUCCUGGAGAGCAUACGUGAAUAUCUCCAUGACCCUUGGUCGCAGUGCUGGUGGCCCCCUAGGCGGAUGGCUCACAGAUACCAUCGGAUGGCGCUGGUUAUUUCUCCUUCAAACUCCCUUGCUGGGGUUUGCGUCUCUUCUUGUUAUGAUCUUCCUAAAAGAGAUCCACCAGCACAGAACCUCCAAAAAUGGCAAGAACGGUUCGUCAAUUCGUCGAGUGGAUUUCCUCGGCACUUUAGUGCUGGCUGUUGCUAUUGUCGCAAUUAUACUUCUGUUUGACGGCGGCGGACAAGCAUUCCCCUGGUUGUCCGCAUACUCGUUAGGACUCGCGUUGACCGGGAUUUUAUCACUGGCACUGUUCGUGUAUGUCGAAAAUCAUAGAGCGCCCGAACCUAUCUUUGACUUGCACGUAUUCCGCAAUCCCAACAUCGUACCAAGUUUCCUGAUCGGCGGGCUACAAACAUCAGCCCAAGUCAGCAUGAUGUUCACCGUCCCUCUCUAUUUCCAAGUCAUGAUGGGCACCACCUCCACAGUCGCAGGCAGUCAUCUCGUCCCAGCCGUCUUGGGUAAUACAAUGGGAGGUCUGCUAGGGGGUUUCUUCAUUCGCCGCACUGGCCGAUAUAAGCCCGUUCUAAUCCUAGCCGGAGUUCUCGCUUCAGUGUCUUAUGUACUCCAAUUCUUCCUUUGGAAUGGGAAUACAGGGUUCUGGGGAUCGUUGUAUAUUACUCCGGGUGGUAUGGGGACGGCAUUUGCAUCAGGUGCUGCUUUUGUCAGUAUGACAUCUUUUUUGCAACCGACUGAGAUUGCGAUGGCAACGGGAGGGUAUAUUCUGUUCUCAAGUUUCUCGGUGACAGUUGGUAUGACUGCGACGAAUACUGUGUUGGGGACCACGUUCAGGAGAGAGAUGCAGCAGGGACUUCGAGGAGUACCCGACAUGGAGAAUGCAAGUACCGUCCCGCGAUAG